UGUGUCGUACUGUACCCGUGUCUCGUUGUAACGCGCCCCCCGCGUUAGCGUUAAUACGAUCCUUCUCGGUUGACCGUCUCGGCAACGCGUUUGGAUUUUUCCUGCACACGGCGCGCGAGGAGAUCUCGCUUGGACGCCCGUGAGAGCGUUAUACGCCGUUACGCGUUACGCGACGAACAGGCGAUCUGGGGGCGGCGGUACGGCAGGAAAAAGCCGCCGCCGCCGUCGUCGUCUCGUUUCGCGCGCGCGAGCGAGAGAGCGAGUGAGCGCGCGGCCGACAGAUAGAGAGUGCGAAAAGAACAGAGGCAGAGGAGAAAGAGGAGCGUACGGAAGAAAGAAGGUGGGAGGGAGAAAGAGCGAGACGGAAUAACGAAGAGGCCACCGGCCGACUUUGGUGCGGGACAAGACGACCCGAUGUCGGGAGCGGGUCGCGACCCCGUGUCCACCCGCGGUCGUCCUCGUCCUCGAGUACAAGCAACGACGACGACGAAGACGACAGCAGCAGCAGCAGCAGGACGCUCCUCGCGUAAAUGUGCCCCCGUGCGCGCCCAUGUGCUGCACCUCCUUCUACUUCUCUGCCCGCUGUCCCUGCGUGCCCUGUAAACCCAGAGCACACCAACCCCGAUUAAGCACGCCCGCGCGCACUUGUACCCGCGAACAUGGCCAAGAUCCUCAACAAGGACCCCGUCACGUACGAGAAGGAGAGGGAGAACUUCCUAAAGGACCUCCGACACUUCCACGAGACUCGAGGAUUUGUGUUUAAGAAGAGGGAGAGAGAGAGAGAGAGAGAAAUAUCUUCAAUGUCUUACUAUUUGCUGUAUGUUGUGGUGACUGCUCAUGGAGGAUGGAUUAAGGUCAAUACCAGAAAUGAGUGGGCGUCGUUGUGCGAACAAUUUCACUUGCCCAGCGGUUGCGUCAACAGCGGGGUCGGCCUUAAACAAAUUUACCUUCGGUAUCUGGACAGGUACGAGAAGGUCCACUUCCUAGGCGAGGAUGGUCAACAGGCUGACGACGACGAUGAGGAUUCCAGACAUCGGAAAUGGUCGGCCAGAGCACUGCACUCUGUUCCUCUUACUUAUAAUCAUCAUCAGCACAACAUCGCAGAAUCCCUGCGCGAUUACAACGGACUCUCGGCGGAUCUUUACAAGCCCUCGAAUUACGACAAGCUCGCGCUCUCGCUUCUGUCGCCGCUGCCGAACGAGCAGGACUUCGCCAUCAACGUUUGCACCCUUUUGUCGAACGAGGGCAAGCACACUCUACGGUUAGACAAGUAUCCCCGAUUAGUGAACAUUCUCCUGGCGCACGCCGGUGUCUUCGACUCGCCCGGUACGCGGCAACUCUUCAUCGAGGUGUACUCGCGCGUCCGCAACUAUUCGAUCAACUCCUUCUGGUCGGACGUGCUCGACUCCCAGGACGUGAUAGAUCUCACGAAUGAAAGGACCUUUAUGAAGAAGCCACUCACAAGUCUGCCGACGUUCUCCAGACGGAAGACUUUGGAGAAGGAGAAGGAGAGCAAGCAACAGGAUGUCGCUGCGUCGACGACGGAGAACGAGGAGACGACGGCGCUGAUUGAUAUCGAUGGGAUGCUUCCAGAUUGCCCACGGUUGGAUCUGCUUACGCCGGACGAGAGCCUGAGAGAUCAAAACCAAAAUUCCAUCAAGUUCGAGGAGGAGGAUAAGGAUUUGUUUUGCGUCGGUAGGACGUUAGGUACGCAGGAUCCAUAUGGUCAGCGUGUACUGCAGAUCGCGUCGAUUCUGCGGAAUCUCAGCUUCACGCCAGAGAACACGGUGAUAUUAGGCAGGAAUCGGUGUUUCCUGCGAUUUGUCCUGCUGUGCGUGAGAGCGAGAUGGAGCAAUCUGCACCAGCUCGGCUUUGACAUACUAGGGAACAUAGCGAACGAAAUUAUUCUAAAGGAUGCCGGCGAGAGGAUAACGGACGUCGUUCUGUCGUGUGUGGCCAUGGGAAUCGAGUCUCAGGACAGGUUUAUCGUUAUAUCUUGCCUGGAGGUGCUUAACAAGAUUAGCCAGCAGGACAUCAACGAGGAAAUUGUCACGUUUGGUUUGGCAGACAAUGUAUAUGAACUUAUAUGCAGAUUUUUAGCCCUGAGCGACAUAGCCCUUUUAGUGUAUACUUUGGAAUGUUUAUACGCUUUAACGUCGCUGGGCGAGAGACCGUGCACAAGCGUCGCGCGAGUUCGUGGUGCCAUCGACACUCUGGUCGCUCUCGUCACCGUGGAGGCGCAAAGUUACGGUCCAAAGGCUUGUAUUCUCAUGCGAGUGGUUGAAACAGUGUCCACAGUGGCGGCGCAACAAAACACUGCUGUGCAGGGCACUGUUUCCGUUACCCCCGCUGCGCCAGCCGCCGCAACGACUACGUCCGCAUCUACUCCGUCUACUCCAGCGACGGUUACCGCGACGGUCACCGCAUCACCUGCCAGUCCGGCAUCAUCUCGACCUACAACUCCUGCCGCGACCUCAACCAAGUCGACAACGCACAAAGCAGUGGAGACAGCUAACGCGAUUCAACAGCAGAACGCGCAUCAACAGAUUAUUCAGGAGAACGAGCAGUUCGCUUUAAAUUGGGUAAGAGCGACUUUUGAGCUCGCGCCCGGUAUACGCAUCGAGCAGGAGGAGUUGUAUAAAAAGUAUCUCGGCUGCUGCACGAAAAUCGGCAGACGAGGCGUGAUAGCCCCGCUACAUUUUCCCAGAUGUGUCAGAUCCGUUUUCGGCAGUAUCGUGGGGCCGAAUCCGUUGAAGGGCGAGAAUACCGGUACCCAGUAUUACGAAGGCAUCCGCGUACGAGCGUCACCCACGCCGAUCACUUAUCCGAGCCAAACUACCGCUGCAGUCGCGACUAAUACACUACCGAUUCCAGCGGUCAACACUACUCCAGUAAAGGUGCUUCCCGUUCAACAGCGUACAGUCAAGAAUAUAAGUCCCGCACCCGAUAGCACGGCCGGUCCCCAGUUCGAUAGUCCCGCCGCGUCGUUCGGGACGCAAACGACCUCCACCACCCCCGCGUCUCCCAUCCUCAAGGCCCAAUUGUCCGCACCGCCGAAACCCCCGUCCAACAACACCUCGAGCCAGUCCCAAAAUCCAGUGACCAAGGUCGAUUCUAAAAGUCAGGUAUCAGUAUCGCAUCCGCAUCUGAGCCAAGCGUUGCUAGCGAGCGGUUCCCAAAUGCCGCAACAGCAGCAACAGCCACAGCCGCAACAACAGUCACAAAGUGUCCAGGUAGUUGUUAAGGAAGAUAAUCGAAGUGGCACUACGUCGAGUUCCAUAAUAAAAAGCCUAUUGGCUACUAAGGUAACAAUCAGCAGCGACUGCAUGCCCAGUACUGCUGCGACUUGUGUGUCUACCCCUACUGCCUGUGUAACAAACACUACCGCUAGCAUCGCAUCCAGCAUCAGUGCCAACCAGCUAAUAACCAGCAACCAGGUUGCCCAACGCCAGCAGCAGCAGAGGUUAUUGCAGCAACAGAUGACGGGCGUAAUGCAACCCGCCGCACCUGCAGCCACCCCAGCCACAAUACUCCCAAAGACUCCCGUGAACGCUAAGCAGAGAUCGGCACUCACACCUAUUCCUGCCAAAAAGAUACAAAGGCUCAACGGGGCCAAGUUUGUUGUGACUAACAAUUGCGAGAAGACUGAAGUAAAUGAUAACGACAACGCCAAUCAAAUCGUUACAUCUACCACCACCUCCACCACCACAAUGAUGGUAAACUCGACUGAAAAUCACAUAUCCUCCUCACCGGCGAAGGUCUGUCGACCGCCCUUGACAACGACUGUCGUCACCGUCGCCACCGCUACGCCAAACAAGAUUAAUCAACGCACGACAUAUACUUCCAUUGCCGAGGAUUCGGACUCUACCAACAACUCGCUAGCGUCGAGUAGCGGCAUCGGCGGCAGCAGGGACUGUUCCGGCGUCGGCGUCGAGGAGGAGAACAUGUUGACGAGUUUUGAAGGUAUCCUACUUAAUGGCGCGCCGACGAGCAACAACAAUAUGGAUAUCGAUGCGCAGGAGGACGGCUCAUCCAAGGACUCGUCGAGCGUGAGUUCCAAAGAUAAACCGUUACAGAGUAUGAUGCUAGUGGAUCUGCUAGAGAGAAAAGUCGACAAAGAGCCGAUAUUGAACGGCGUGCUUGGCAAAAAUUCCAUUAACGAGAAGGAGAUGGAUCUAGUGGAGAAUCACAUCAAGAAAGUGUUAAAGGAGUCUCCUACCGAGCUGAAACUCAAGACUGAGAUGGAGGGCGGCAACGUUAUACAGAAUGAGGCAUCCGAGGACACUCUAAUCGAGGCGCCGCGAGGAAUCAAGAGAUCAGCUAGCGAGUCGGACGAAUUGGAUAUCAAGAAACCGAAAUAUUCCAAUGGCACGAUGUCGCCUGAUCCAGCAGUCGACUCGACUACUGCGGAAUCCACGGUAUCGAGUAUAAAAUCCGAGGAACAAGACGACGAUAAAGACAGCGAAAAAGCGACCGUUUCCUCCACCGCAGCGAAUCUCUAUGCCGCCUUGGCCGCUGAUUGCAUAGAAGACGAGACGGAUCUGGAGGAACAAGUAAAUGUCAACAAGGACACGAUAAAGGAAGCGGCGGCGGCGACGAUAGCAGCUCCUCUUCCACCUCCUCCUCUUCAUGUCAAAACGGACACGACGCCGACUAUUCUUGUUAAGGAAGAUCCACCGACUUUGCACAUCAAGGAAGAGCCUCACAUAUUCAUCAAUCAAAUCACUCAGGCACCGCAGCCGCAACCAUCGUUGCCGCAUCAACAGCAGCAACAACUCAUAGUGACGACGCCCAGGCAGAUAGUCGUGCAACAGGCGAUUCCGACAAACAACCAGGUUAUCAUUCCUACUGCAUCGGUGAAGGGAAGACCGCCCCCGUCUCAACCUCAAGUGCUACUACAACAGAGCGCUGGUGGGCAGCUGCAGUAUGUAGUGUCCGGUGGUGUACCCGGUCAAAACUAUGUACUGGCGCAGCCUCAAACAGCUCUGGUGCAGGGACAAGCUCAAACCGUUCUCGUGGCGCAGACGACGCAGCAACAGGGAACUGGUACCAAGACGAUCAUCAUAUUGCAACCGCAGGCCACUGCACAGCCGACUCCACAGAAGAUGGUGGCGGUAACGCCGCAAGGGCAGCAAGUGGUUGUGACACAAGUGCCGCGACCAAUUUUACAGAGUCCGGCGCUCGGCAACAUUCCACCGCCUCUCGUACCGACUUCCGCUACUAUUCCGCAAGCCUCCAUUAUAGUUAAUAGUUCGGUGGCGCAGGCCAACCCGAACACGGUGACUGUUACAAUCCCGGCAAUGGCCCAGCAAACUCCGGUUUCUACCAGCGUGCCGUCCAGGGUAGUGACUCCCACCCCGGCAUCAACGCCGCCGCCCACGAGACCCACGACGCCGCACCAGGCGGCCGCCACCCACGGCGUGUCCGCUGUUAAGCCGUCAUCCGUCACGAAGGUCGUGAAGACGGUGAGUUCGUCGACCUCUACCGAGCCAGAGUCAAAACCCUCUACGAGCCAGCAGCAACCGGCGUCGCAGGCGUUAUCGCAAUCGUCAUCGCAGGAGAAUAAAACUAUCACGAUCAAAAUCGACCCUAACGCUUAUCUGUGCGAAUGGCGAGGUUGUCUUAGACAAUUUAAAACACCGCACGAAGUCUACCUUCACGUUUGCGAGGCUCACUGUCCCACCGGUGGCGAGGAGAUACUAUGUCUAUGGGCGAGUUGUGACGCUCUCAAGAGACGCAGAUUCUCGUUAAUGACGCACCUUUACGAUAGGCACUGUAACGCGGAUACAAUGUCGAUAAGGAGGAAACAGUUGACGGUGACGGGUAAAACCGAAGUCUCCACAUCCAUACCUCCGACUCCGCAUCAUCCCGGAUACGCACCCAAUGCCGCAUUCCACGCUAUUAAACGGCACGCUCUGGAGUUCGUUAAUCCUAAGGAGUUAAUGCAGAGGCCGUCCAAGCCCGCUGCAGCCACCUCAUCAAGCUCUUCUUCCCCCAGACCUGGGCAAAAUUCUCCACCAGAACAGGAUGACAACGAAGGUCCAGUGACCAAAAGUAUUCGCCUAACGGCAGCUCUCAUUCUUAGGAACCUAGUCAUAUACUCAACACAUGGUAGAAGGCAUCUUAGAGCGUACGAGCCCCACUUGGCGGGCGUGGCGUUGAGCAACGUUGAAUCAUCGAGAACGAUCGCACAAGUCCUGUACGACAUGAACGACCAGAGUAGCAGUAGCCAUAAUAGGUGACCUCUUGAAUCAGGCCUCUAAGAGCUCUUUUAAUCUCGUGAGCAGCGAUCAACUUACAUUAUUUCGAAUUAUACGGUGCGAAGAAAUCGAACGUAUAAAUUUAUAAUCGUGUUUGCUGUGCUAGUGCGUGCGCAUGAAUGCGUGCGUGCGUGCGUGCAUGCGUGCGUGGUACGUGCCCAUAAAAUUUGAAGGAUUGGGACUAGAGGAGAUGGUACCGGGGAUAAAUGUUCCAUAUAUAGAAAAAAGAGGCCUAUAAACUUACUAGGCAAAAUACUUUGCCAAUUUUAGAUUAUAACAUGAACUGUAACUAGUGAAACACAAAACAAAGACAUUUAGUUAAAAUCAUGCGGAAAAGUGAUAAUGUGUCUGCGAGAGAGGGAGAAAAAGAAAA